AUGAUAUUAUGUUUAACAGAAACAAAACUAGAUGAUGUAGACGAAAUAGAUUGUGAUAAUUUUAUUUUUCAUUAUAAAAACAGAAAGAAGCUAGCAAAUCACAAAUCUGGUGGUAUUGCUUUGGGUUUUAAAAAAUACUUAGACAAGUAUAUUAAAUAUAUUCAGUCAGACUGCCAAUUUGUACUUUGGUUUAGUAUAGACAAAAAAGUUUUAGAUUUACCAAAAGAUGCUAUUUUUGGAAUUAUAUAUAUCCCACCGAUAAAUACUUCAUAUACAUCAGAAGAUGCAUUUACUGAAAUUGAAUUUGAAUUACAAAAUUUUUGUAGUAAAACAAACUAUAUUACUAUGCUUGGUGAUUUUUAUAGUCGCACGGGAAAUUUGUCUGAUUUUUAUAACAUUGAUAAAGAUAGUUCUUUUGAAAAUAAUUUCACAGAUUAUAAUGAAUUAAGUGAUGUUGAUGUUUUAGAUGAACUUGGUAUACCAAGACUGAGAAAUAAUGUACACUCUCCUUUGUCUCUUCAAUUGUAUACAAAUAAUGAAAUACAAGACAAAUUAUUAACAGAAACACUUUGUUGUGGUGACGAAAGAGUAAAUAAAUGGAAAAAUGAAAAAUAUAAUGAGUAUAAGAACAAUAUAGAUAGAAAUAAGGUUGAUGAUAUAUGUAAUAGAUUGUCUGCAUAUAUAAAUGAUGUAAAUAAUGUUACUAAAUAUGAUAUGAAUAACAUUGUUACUAAAUAUGAUAUGAAUAACAUUGUUACUGAUAUUUGUGAUACUUUAACCGAAUCUGCCAAGACAACAUUCGGAACUUCGACAUUUAAUAAAACUAUGUUUAAGUGCUCAAAGAACCAGUUUAGUAAAGACUGGUACAAUAAAGAUUGUAAAAAAGCGCAACGAGAAUUUAGAAAAUCUCAGAGGUUAUACAAACAUUAUGGGUCGAACAUUUUUAAAGAACGACUUAGACAAAGUGAAUUGCAUUAUAAAAAAGUUAUGGAUGUUAAUAUCAAGAAUCAUAAUACUGAAAUGAGUAAAAAGAUGAAGGGAUUGAAAACAAAAAAUCCAAAAGAAUUUUGGAAAUUGUUCAAUAGAGGGACACAUCCUGUAUUUGCCCGAAGUCGUCAAAACAGUACUGUAAACAUUGAAGAUGAUGACCAUUACUCAGAAAUCAGAGAAUCGAUGAUGGUUAGACCUAUGACAGUAAAUGGAAGAAAACUUUCCAUUAGAUCCUCGUACAUUGAUUCUGACGAUUCUAAUGAUCAGUAUCACCGUAUAGAAUUAGCAACGUCAUUACAAAAACCGAAUCUAAAAAAUUCUACAAAUGAGUACACGACACUAAUUGUUGAGCCGUUCCUGCAACCGAAAAACAACAACAUAUAUGAACAACUUCUGAUUGAUGAAUCAACAGAAUCACAAAGGAACACCGACAAUGCAAUACAAGCGAGAGUCGUAAAGAAUCACAGCAAUGCCUGUUCCCCUCAAAAGGAUUUGAACACAACUGAAUAUUCCGACAAAUUCAAUUCGGUAACUGAAGGUGUUUACACAGAGGAUAACGUUGAUAACUGCACUGAAAGAGAAACGACUGCAUAUUCUAUGCAAAUGCCUUUGAACUUGUCUUAUAUUUCAGACAAAACUGAUUUUGUUACUGACAUUCAGAUAUCCAGCGACAAUACAACAUAUGCUAAAGAAGUUAAGAAUUCUGCCAAUGAAUGUUCUAGCAAAUUGCAUCUUAACACGUCAACUGGAAUUCCCGACAAUUUAAAUUUUGUUACAAAUAACAAUGGGGAAAUAAAUGAAAUAAAUAUUGAAUCAAAAGCUUACACUGAAGGCAACGAAGGAGAUAUGACCACAGAGAUUGAAUUUGAAAGAAAAAACAGAAGUGAUGAAUUUGAAGAGAAUAACAGCAAUACAAAAGUAGUACUGAAUAAAAUCACGAAUAAUAUGGUGACACUCCUGUAG